CGCGACGUGAGCGCGCGGCCCCGGUCGCCAUUUUGUUUGGGGACCAGCUCGAGAGCCGACUAGGAGAACGCGAGCGGCUAGUCCGGUGCCUGGUUUGGCCCGAGACCUCUCGCCCCGAGCCACCCGAGGUGCCAUGUUUCAGGACAUAGUGGGAGUAUUAGGAAAGAAGAACUAAAGAUACAACAUAAUUUGAGAUACAGGCUGAGUGGAAAAAAAUUAACCUGUCUCUGAGGUGACUAAAGGGGAAUAAUGGUGAUUUUGCGCCGGGCUCGGCCGCCUGCUUCCGCCCCAACCAGCAAUGAAUCUUGACUCGCUCUCGCUGGCCUUGUCUCAAAUCAGCUACCUGGUGGACAAUUUAACUAAGAAAAACUACCGAGCCAGCCAGCAGGAAAUACAACAUAUUGUGAACCGGCACGGACCUGAAGCAGACAGGCAUUUGCUACGCUGUCUCUUUUCUCAUGUGGAUUUCAGUGGCGAUGGUAAAAGUAGCGGUAAAGAUUUCCACCAGAGUCUUAAGCCAUCACCCCAUCUAUUCACCCAGCUGAGCAAAGUGAUCAAAUUAAGCAAAGUUCAAGAGGUUAUUUUUGGUCUUGCUUUGUUGAACUCUUUCAAUCCUGAUCUACAAGUUUUUGCUGCUCAGUUUAUUAAACAGAAGCUUCCUGAUCUUCUGCGCUCAUAUAUUGACGCAGACGUCAGUGGCAAUCAAGAAGGUGGCUUCCAAGAUAUUGCAAUAGAAGUCUUGCACCUCCUUCUUUCCCAUCUUCUUUUUGGGCAGAAGGGAACCUUUGGGGUUGGACAGGAACAAAUUGAGGCUUUCCUCAAAACAUUGCGCAGAGAUUUCCCUCAGGAGCGUUGCCCUGUGGUGCUUGCACCACUCCUAUACCCUGAAAAACGGGACAUUCUAAUGGACAGGAUCCUGCCUGACUCUGGAGGGAUAGCAAAAACCAUGAUGGAGAGUUCUCUUGCAGACUUCAUGCAGGAAGUUGGCUAUGGCUUUUGUACAAGCGUGGAAGAAUGUCGCAGUAUCAUCACACAGUUUGGUGUUGGAGAGGUUACAGCUGCCCAGGUUGCCAGGGUUUUGGGAAUGAUGGCUCGGACACAUUCUGGAUUGACAGAUGGUAUUCCAUUACAGUCUAUUUCUGCCCCUGGAAGUGGAAUUUGGAGUGAUGGAAGAGAUAAAAAUGAUGGAACACAGACUCAUACAUGGAAUGUUGAAGUUUUGAUUGAUGUGCUUAAAGAACUGAACCCAACCUUAAACUUCAAGGAAGUAACCUAUGAGCUAGACCACCCUGGAUUUCAAAUUCGUGAUAGCAAGGGCCUGCAAAUUGUAGUAUUUGGAGUUCAGCGAGGAUUAGGACUGGAGGUUUUUCCAGUUGACCUAAUAUACAGACCUUGGAAACAUGCCGAAGGCCAGCUCUCAUUCAUUCAGUAUUCCCUCAUUAACCCAGAGAUCUUCUGUUUUGCUGACUAUCCCUGUCAUACUGUUUCAACGGAGAUCUUGAAAGCACCACCCGAGGAUGAUAAUCGAGAAAUUGCCACAUGGAAGAGCCUAGAUUUGAUUGAGUCCCUGUUGCGGUUGGCAGAGGUGGGCCAGUAUGAACAAGUCAAGCAGCUCUUCAGUUUCCCUAUCAAGCACUGUCCAGAUAUGUUGGUCUUGGCUUUGCUACAGAUCAACACUUCUUGGCAUACUUUGCGUCAUGAACUCAUCUCCACACUUAUGCCCAUUUUCCUUGGCAACCACCCAAAUUCUGCUAUCAUCUUGCAUUAUGCAUGGCACGGGCAGGGUCAGUCCCCCUCGAUUCGUCAGCUCAUCAUGCAUGCCAUGGCAGAAUGGUACAUGAGAGGAGAACAAUAUGACCAAGCAAAAUUAUCACGUAUUCUAGAUGUGGCCCAAGACUUGAAGGCUUUGUCUAUGCUGCUGAAUGGUACUCCAUUUGCCUUUGUUAUUGACCUUGCUGCCCUUGCCUCUCGGCGGGAAUACCUCAAACUAGACAAAUGGCUCACAGAUAAAAUUCGAGAGCAUGGGGAGCCCUUCAUCCAAGCUUGUAUGACUUUCUUGAAAAGAAGAUGUCCCUCUAUCUUGGGUGGUCUUGCUCCAGAGAAAGACCAGCCCAAAAGUGCUCAACUUCCACCAGAGACCCUAGCAACAAUGCUAGCUUGCCUUCAGGCUUGUGCUGGAAGUGUAUCACAAGAGCUGUCGGAAACUAUUCUCACCAUGGUAGCGAACUGCAGCAAUGUAGUGAACAAAGCCAGACAGCCACCGCCUGGCGUGAUGCCCAAAGGACGUCCCCCCAGUGCUAGCAGCCUGGAUGCCAUCUCCCCUGUGCAGAUUGAUCCACUUGCUGCUGGGAUGGCAUCUCUCAGUUUAGGUGGCCCAACAGUUCCUCAUACCCAGAGUGUGCCUGGAUUUCCUCCAAACCUGAGUUCUGCUUUUAGUACUCCUCAGUCACCAGCAAAAGCAUUUCCACCGCUUUCUACACAAACCCAGAACGCACCUUUUAGCGGGAUUGGUGGGCUUUCUUCGCAACUUCCAGUAGGUGGUCUCACAACAGGUAGUCUGGGUAUUGGAACUGGGAACCUUGGCCUCCCUGCAGUGAAUAAUGAUCCAUUUGUGCCAAGAAAGCUGAACACAUCAGGACUGAACCAGCCAACAUUCCAGCAGAGUAAGGUGAAACCUUCUGACUUAUCUCAGGUAUGGCCAGAGGCUAAUCAGCACUUUAGCAAAGAGAUUGAUGAUGAAGCCAACAGCUAUUUUCAGCGUAUUUAUAAUCACCCACCCCAUCCCACCAUGUCUGUAGAUGAGAUUGAAGGACUACCCUCAGUAUUGUCAGCACCUGGCUUCUAUUAGUCACUUUAUACAGUUCCCUCAUCACCUGCAGGAGUACAUUGAAUAUGGACAGCAAUCAAGAGAUCCUCCUGUGAAGAUGCAGGGGUCCAUCACCACCCCUGGAAGUAUUGCCCUGGCCCAGGCUCAGGCCCAGGCCCAGGCCCCAGCAAAGACGCCUCUCGCCGGCCAGGUUAGCACUGUAGUCACCACCGCCACCACCACCAGCACUGUGGCAAAGACAGCCAUUGCGCCUGUGGGUCGAGUCAGCUUCAAGAAAGAUGUGCCACCUUCUAUUAAUACAACCAACAUUGAUACUCUGCUAGUAGCCACUGAUCAAACAGAGAGGAUUGUAGAACCUCCUGAAAAUGUUCAAGAAAAGAUUGCUUUUAUCUUUAAUAAUUUGUCUCAAUCCAACAUGACUCAGAAGGUUGAGGAACUGAAGGAAACGGUGAAAGAAGAAUUCAUGCCUUGGGUUUCACAAUAUCUCGUGAUGAAGAGAGUUAGCAUUGAGCCAAACUUCCAUAGUCUUUAUUCAAAUUUCCUUGACACUCUUAAAAAUCCAGAAUUUAAUAAAAUGGUUUUGAAUGAAACAUACAGAAAUAUCAAGGUGUUGCUUACAUCGGAUAAAGCUGCUGCCAACUUCUCAGACCGUUCGUUGCUGAAGAACCUGGGUCACUGGCUGGGGAUGAUAACACUGGCAAAGAAUAAGCCCAUCUUGCACACAGACUUGGAUGUCAAAUCUUUGCUGCUAGAAGCUUAUGUAAAAGGACAGCAGGAAUUGCUGUAUGUUGUGCCAUUUGUUGCUAAAGUAUUGGAAUCCAGUGUAAGAAGUGUGGUUUUCAGACCCCCAAAUCCAUGGACCAUGGCAAUCAUGAAUGUUCUUGCAGAACUUCAUCAGGAGCAUGACUUAAAGCUGAAUCUGAAGUUUGAAAUUGAAGUGCUCUGCAAAAAUCUGGCCCUUGACAUCAAUGAUCUAAAACCUGGUAGUCUCCUAAAAGACAAGGACCGGUUGAAAAACCUGGAUGAACAGUUAUCUGCUCCAAAGAAGGAUAUAAAACAAGUAGAAGAACUACCACCUAUUACUACUACCACUACUUCCACAACUUCUGCUACCAGCACCACAUGCACAGCUACUGUUCCUCCACAGCCACAGUACAGUUACCAUGAUAUCAACGUAUACUCCCUAGGAGGGCUAGCUCCACACAUUGCUCUGAACCCAACUAUUCCCUUGUUCCAAGCCCAUCCACAGUUAAAGCAGUGUGUGCGCCAAGCCAUCGAGCGUGCAGUUCAAGAACUGGUUCAUCCAGUAGUGGAUCGCUCAAUUAAAAUUGCCAUGACUACUUGUGAACAGAUAGUGAGGAAGGAUUUUGCACUGGACUCAGAAGAGUCACGCAUGCGUGUGGCAGCACAUCACAUGAUGAGGAACCUGACAGCUGGCAUGGCCAUGAUUACCUGCAGGGAGCCCUUGUUGAUGAGCAUUGCAACCAACCUAAAGAACAGCUUUGCCACUGCAUUGCGGGCAGCUUCACCACAGCAGAGGGAGAUGAUGGAGCAGGCUGCAGCCCAGUUGGCUCAAGAUAACUGUGAGUUGGCCUGCUGCUUCAUUCAGAAAACAGCGGUGGAAAAAGCAGGUCCUGAAAUGGAUAAGAGGCUGGCAACUGAAUUUGAGCUCCGAAAACAUGCCCGGCAAGAGGGCCGCAGGUACUGUGAUCCUGUAGUUUUGACUUACCAGGCUGAGCGGAUGCCAGAACAGAUCAGACUGAAGGUUGGUGGUGUGGACCCAAAGCAGCUAGCUGUAUAUGAAGAAUUUGCACGGAAUGUUCCUGGUUUCCUGCCAACAAAUGAUUCAAGUCAACCAACAGGAAUCCUGGCCCAGCCUAUGAAGCAAGCCUGGGCAACUGAUGACGUGGCACAGAUCUAUGAUAAAUGCAUGGCAGAGCUGGAGCAGCACCUGCAGUCUGUUCCCCACACUUUGGCCAUGAAUCCCCAGACCCAAGCUCUGCGGAGCCUUUUGGAGGCUGUCGUUGUGGCUCGUAAUUCUCGAGAUGCUAUUGCAGCCCUUGGAUUGCUACAGAAGGUAUGUUUAGGUUUUAAUUUGAGAUGUCUGAUUGAGUGUCGAGAUGAAUAUAAAUACAACGUAGAAGCAGUGGAGCUCCUGAUUCGUAACCAUCUAGUUAACAUGCAACAGUACGACCUUCACCUGGCUCAGUCCAUGGAGAACGGCUUGAACUACAUGGCAGUGGCGUUUGCAAUGCAGCUGGUGAAGAUUCUGCUGGUGGAUGAGAGAAGUGUGGCUCACAUGACAGAAGCAGAUUUGUUCCAUACCAUUGAAACUCUGAUGAGGAUAAAUGCUCACUCCAGGGGAAAUGCUCCAGAAGGGUUGCCACAGUUGAUGGAAGUGGUACGAUCCAACUAUGAAGCCAUGAUUGAUCGUGCUCAUGGCGGUCCCAACUUUAUGAUGCAUUCUGGGAUCUCUCAAGCCUCAGAAUAUGAUGAUCCUCCAGGUCUGAGGGAGAAGGCAGAGUAUCUCCUGAGGGAGUGGGUAAAUCUUUACCAUUCUGCAGCCGCUGGCAGGGACAGCACCAAAGCCUUCUCUGCAUUUGUUGGACAGAUGCAUCAACAAGGAAUCCUGAAAACUGAUGACUUGAUCACAAGAUUCUUCCGUCUUUGCACUGAAAUGUGUGUUGAAAUCAGCUAUCGUGCUCAAGCUGAGCAGCAGCACAAUCCUGCUGCAAACCCCACUAUGAUCCGUGCCAAGUGCUAUCACAACCUGGAUGCCUUUGUGCGCCUUAUUGCACUCUUGGUGAAGCACUCUGGAGAGGCUACCAACACAGUCACAAAAAUCAACCUGCUUAAUAAGGUUCUUGGGAUAGUAGUGGGAGUCCUUUUACAGGAUCAUGAUGUUCGUCAGAGUGAAUUUCAGCAACUUCCCUACCACCGCAUUUUCAUCAUGUUACUGUUAGAAUUAAAUGCUCCUGAACAUGUCCUGGAAACUAUCAACUUUCAGACCCUCACAGCUUUCUGCAAUACAUUUCACAUCCUGCGACCUACAAAAGCUCCAGGUUUUGUUUAUGCUUGGUUAGAACUGAUCUCCCAUCGGAUAUUUAUUGCAAGGAUGCUGGCACAUACACCACAGCAGAAGGGUUGGCCCAUGUAUGCACAACUUUUGAUUGACCUAUUUAAAUAUUUGGCUCCUUUCCUGAGAAAUGUGGAACUUGCCAAGCCUAUGCAAAUUUUGUACAAGGGGACACUGCGUGUGUUACUGGUAUUAUUACACGAUUUCCCAGAAUUCCUUUGUGAUUACCACUAUGGAUUUUGUGAUGUAAUUCCUCCAAACUGUAUUCAGCUAAGAAAUCUGAUUUUGAGUGCCUUUCCACGUAAUAUGAGGCUUCCUGACCCCUUCACUCCCAAUCUUAAGGUUGACAUGCUGAGCGAGAUCAAUAUUGCUCCACGGAUCCUCACCAAUUUUACUGGUGUGAUGCCACCUCAGUUCAAGAAGGAUUUGGAUUCCUAUCUCAAAACUCGUUCUCCAGUCACAUUCCUCUCCGACCUGCGUAGCAACUUGCAGGUAUCAAACGAGCCUGGCAAUCGUUACAAUAUUCAGCUGAUCAAUGCAUUGGUGCUUUAUGUUGGUACACAAGCAAUUGCACACAUUCAUAAUAAGGGCAGCACACCGUCCAUGAGCACCAUCACUCAUUCAGCCCACAUGGACAUCUUCCAGAACCUUGCUGUUGAUCUGGACACAGAAGGUCGGUACCUCUUCUUGAAUGCAAUUGCCAAUCAGUUGCGGUAUCCCAACAGCCACACGCAUUACUUCAGCUGCACCAUGCUUUACUUGUUUGCAGAAGCCAAUACAGAAGCUAUUCAAGAGCAGAUCACCAGGGUUUUGUUAGAACGACUGAUUGUAAAUAGGCCUCAUCCCUGGGGUCUCUUAAUCACCUUCAUUGAAUUGAUUAAAAAUCCAGCAUUUAAAUUCUGGAACCAUGAGUUUGUUCACUGUGCUCCAGAAAUUGAAAAGCUGUUCCAGUCAGUCGCACAGUGUUGUAUGGGGCAGAAACAGGCACAGCAAGUAAUGGAAGGAACUGGAGCCAGCUAGAAAAAGCGAACUUUAUGGGGAUGGUGCCAGCCUGGAGCUUUGUAUCAAGCUGACAGAAGAAAAUGGGUGGGGCUGCCUUCCCUCCCCCCCUCUUGGGCUUAAACCAUAGGUCUUUUGGCCUGAAAUCUCCUCCUACGUGGGCAUGUUACAAAGUUGAAAACAAAGUUUCUCAUUCUUGGCCAAAAUUGAGAAGAUACUGUGAAUAUAAUUUUGAACUAUUGUAAAUACACAGAAUAGAAAUAUUUGUUGGAACUUUGGAUUUGUGCAUAUUGUGUUUCACACAUAAUGUGUGCCUGACCAGCUUAUAAUAAAGUGGUGGCUGCUGAUGCCAAGCCCUUGUCUGGGGCAGAUCUGCUUAUCUGACAUUCCCGGACUCCCAAAGAGUAUGGAAAAGCCAGUUUAAAUAUUAUGUAACUUAUUUUUCUUGGGGGUGGGACUUCUAAAUCACAAAAUUCUCCAAAAAGAAAGGAUGCUCAGGAUCCUAUUAUUAAGGGGAAGGUGGGAGAGUGUUGGGAUUCAGGAUGUUGCUUUUCCCGUACCAGAUACUGCCACCUGAGGCCAGCCAGUAGAGUCCGGCUCUCCUUGGCAGAGAUAAACUUCCAGCUCUUUGGAAAAGGGCUGAUCCUUUUAGUAAAAGAAAUGACCAGGCCUAUAGAUUUUCUUUCUUUAUGCUUGUAAAUUUGGGAGGGGGAGGAUGUGAAUCUGUUAACUGCUCCCCUAUGGCCACAAAGUUUGAGUUUGUAAAAAGAACAAAAAGGACCAAUACAGCCCAUUUUGUAAGGAUUUUGAAUGUUUUGUAAAUGUAUUGGUCCAUGUGUUGUAUUUUGUAGCCUUUCUAGUUCUCUUGGGCUUUAGUUCUCCCACUUCUUGUAUGUAUGCCUUCUGCAGUUAAACAUUAAAGUCAUGACAAGCA